CAUUAUCAGAGGCCAUUUGGUUUAUCUAAAACGAAAGAACAGUUAACCUUCGAGCCUUAUUGCCUUCGGUAUGCCAUUCCUCUAGCAGUUUUAUGGCGAAAAUAAAACAUUCAUAGUAUGAAUUUCGGAUCCCUCUUCUAGCUAAAACGUAUUUGAUGUUCAACUUAGGUACGUUGCGAGACAACGCACUGCUUCAGUUCUGUCCAGUUCUUUGACCAAUCACCACGGAGGCUAGGUUUUUCUUUUUGGAUUUGCCCGGUAGAUGACACUGCAAUCGACAAUGAGUUCUACCUUGAGCACUAUUAUCACGUAUUCUGGAGCUGUGAUUUCAGGCCUGGCUGUGUUGGAGAAUCUACUGGUGAUAGUGGUGCUAGCAGCAACCAACCAUCUCCGCAUCAAGUACUUCGCCUUCAUCUUCAACCUCGCCCUGGCCGACCUGGCGUUUGCUGCGAUGCUAAUUGCCUUUGCCCUACUACGGGCACGAGUUCUUCUUGCCCUUCUUCAGGCGAGUCUCUUCGUUUCCGUGCUGAUGAUUUUAGCAGUGGCUGUGCACCGCUACCUGGCACUGACUAUCACGCCGCCCUCUCGCUAUGACGCGUUGGUGACACGAUGCCGCCUGGUAUCGGUUAGCCUUCUCCUUUGGUGCUUCUCCCUCGCACUUCACUUGCCGGUAGUCUUGGUGGCAUCUAACGAGGUUCGCUUGAUCCUAUCAGCGUGGUUUAGAUCUCCGUUAGUACUCGUUGUGUGGAUCGUGACCGCUGUGCUGUACUUCUUCGUCUUCAGAAAGAUCAAUAGAUAUACAUGUAUUACCACGAUUCCAUCAUCAAGCCCAGUUGUCCGCACCGAUGACACGGAACCGGCCGCCCCUCGUGUUCUUCAGACCCGUCGCCUGUUGGUCACUUUCUCCAUCAUUCUUGUGACAUCAUUCAUUUGUUGGAUCCCUUACAACGUCGGCCAGAUAAUAGAAUACUUCAUCGAAACUGGUCAGAGCUCAAUCUCCGACGAUGCAUUUGAUGACUACAACACGAUUGCCGCUUUGGUUUAUUGUCUGUCUCCAGCUAUCAACCCGCUAAUCUACUGGUGGCGUUUGGAUGGUUUCAGGCAGGGCUUGAAAGCUCUGUUCUGUCGCUGUCUGCUUCAGAAUCAAGAUCUCGGAGAAACGGUUAAUGGUAACAAAGACCAGCAAAAUACCGAAACAAUUAUGUAACAAAACAUCGACCAAAAAAACCCAAUAAAGUGUGUUGAGUGUUGGCUCACUGUCUGACCAUUAUUUCACAUGAUGUAACCAUAUUAUAAUGUUUCAAAUGUUUCACCACUUGUUUUCUAACAGUAAUCUGGUUGAGUUCGUAGGCUUGUACGCAUGCUUUAUGAUUGCACACAUAUUACUACUAAAAUCAGCAAAGAAACAUCAGAGACAAUAAGUUUACGAGGAAUCAACUUAUCCCCUCAAAUUAUGUUCUUGUGAUUUGGUGGGUUUUUUUUUUAGCGAAGCUUCUGCUUCGGGAAUUCCUCCUCUAUCGCAAAAAGACAAAGUCAAAACUUUGACGCUUAUCAAAAAAAUAUGUUUUAAUUCACCUGCAAACAGAAUCUUGUCUUGUUUCCAUUAUUCUAUAAGUGUGGCAGGGCCAAGUUUAUCUGGUAUAUUUUUAUGUAUUUAAUGUAUAGUGUGGAUUGAAUAGGAUUAGCUCCCCCUAGAAAAAGGAAAUCUUUUUAGUGUUAACUUAGAUGCCCCCCCUUUCUCGGUAGUGUGUCCCCCCUGUUUGUUUACUUUAUCCCACGAGUCCCCUAUACAAAUCCUGCCACAUGGUCAAACUUUAGUUCAGCCAGCAGAUCAACAGAGACAACUUCAUAAUAGUAUACCGGGUAUAUGUUCCUCCUAUAGGAGUGGUGUACUGUCUUGCUUGCAGUGUGUCUUGUCUACUAGAGUCAUUGAUUUUCUGCCCGAGUGUAUCUUAGGUCCAUUAAUUCACACUGUGUUGGUUUUAGGUUUUAGGGUAAUAAAUAAGUCUUUAUUUUAAUUGGUUUUUGGUUUGAAGUUUCUGUUUUUAGGUCGAUUUUAGUCUUGGUUUUCGCGGUUUUGGUUUUAUAAUUAUUUGGUAAUUUUGGUUUUGAUUUUCAGAUCUUUUUAAUAAAUUCUUUUAGUCCUUUUUAUUUGGUUCGAAAAUUUGAA